AUGGCAGACAAGCUAACGGAAGAGCAGAUCUCUGAAUUCAAGGAAGCCUUCAGCUUGUUUGACAAGGAUGGCGAUGGAACUAUAACAACGAAAGAAUUGGGGACUGUCAUGAGAUCACUGGGACAAAACCCAACUGAAGCAGAGUUGCAAGACAUGAUAAACGAAAUAGACACAGAUGGUAAUGGAACAAUCGAUUUCCCUGAAUUUUUAACAUUGAUGGCGAGAAAAAUGAAGGAUACUGAUACUGAAGAGGAGCUCAUUGAAGCAUUUAGAGUUUUCGAUCGAGACGGCGAUGGAUAUAUAAGUGCAGAUGAACUAAGACACGUAAUGACCAAUUUGGGUGAAAAGUUAACUAAUGAGGAAGUGGAUGAAAUGAUACGGGAGGCAGACAUAGACGGAGACGGUCAAAUUAAUUAUGAGGAGUUUGUUAAAAUGAUGAUAGCCAAGUAA